AUGAAGCCCACGAAAAGCUGGGCUCCCCUGGCAGCGACCGUACUCGCUACGGCCCUGCUUCUGCAGCCUAUCUAUGCCGAGGCACCAGUCUCAGGCAGCUACUUACCACCAUCAACAAGCUAUGGAACACCGAAUUUAGGAAGCGGAAGCUUCGGUUCAGGACCAUCCUCUAAUUAUGGUGCACCAUCUGCUGGUGGUGGUGGUGGCGGCGGCGGUGGCGGCCGACCAUCAUCAUCUUACGGAGCACCGUCCAGUACCUAUGGAGCUCCGUCCAGUAACUAUGGCGCACCAUCCAGUACUUAUGGUGCACCAAACGGUGGUGGUGGCAGACCAUCCAGUACUUACGGAGCACCAAACGGUGGUGGUGGCAGACCAUCCAGUACUUACGGAGCACCAAACGGUGGUGGUGGGAGACCAUCGAGCAAUUACGGCGCUCCAUCAUCCGGAGGCGGCGGCAGUUACAGUAACGGAAUUUCGUCAAGCUACGGCGCACCGUCACGUGGAGGUGGUGGUGGUUCGAUAUCUUCAACUUACGGAGCACCAAGCUCUGGAGGUGGAGGCAUAUCUAGCAGCUAUGGUGCACCUAACGGAGGCGGAGGCGGUGGCGGAUACUCAAGACCAUCUUCGACUUACGGUACACCUAGCACCGGUGGUGGCAGUUUCGGAGGCUCCGGUGGAUAUUCUGGAGGCGGCAGUGGUGGCUAUUCCGGAGGUGGUGGUGGCUAUUCUGGAGGAGGUGGAAAUGGCGGCGGAAAUGGUGGUUACUCCGGAGGUGGCGGAAAUGGUGGCUACUCCGGCGGUGGAGGUGGACAGAGCUACGCUAGCAACGGAGGAUACCAAUAUUAA